GCAGAAGGCCGGGGAUUGAAAAUGCUCUAAGGUAACUUUUGGCCUUCUCCUUUGCAGUGUUACAUAGGACUCAAAUUCCAAGUGACCAUCCUAUAUAUUCUGAGAGACGGGGUAUCAUUUUGGCAUACAGAAAAAUAUUUCGAAGAGAAUUUUCGUCGUCUUCUGCCAUGGCGGGAAAGAAGAGAGGUAAACGUGGUGGUGGGAAGAGGGGAAGCCGACCAACGUCACCCACCGAAGAAGGGGAAAAGAAGUCAGUCUCUCCAAAAGCGGAGAAGGAAGUACGCCGCGAGAACCCGAUGCGCGAGCUGCGUAUCCGGAAGCUGUGUCUGAACAUCUGCGUCGGGGAGAGCGGUGACAGACUGACGCGCGCCGCCAAGGUGCUGGAACAGCUGACAGGACAGACCCCCGUCUUCUCCAAAGCCCGGUACACAGUGAGGUCUUUCGGCAUCCGUAGAAACGAGAAGAUCGCGGUCCACUGCACGGUGCGUGGCGCCAAGGCCGAGGAGAUCUUGGAACGCGGGCUGAAGGUGAAGGAAUACGAGUUGCGGAAGAACAAUUUCUCGGCCACCGGCAACUUUGGCUUCGGCAUUGCCGAGCACAUCGACUUGGGGAUCAAGUACGACCCCAGCAUCGGCAUCUACGGAAUGGACUUCUACGUGGUGCUUGGCCGGCCAGGGUUCAAUGUGAGCUGUAAGAAGCACAAGUCUGGCAGGGUCGGCUUCAAACACCGCAUCACCAAGGAAGACUCCAUGCGCUGGUUCCAACAGAAGUAUGACGGCAUCCUGCUCCCAGGGAAGUAAGCACCCCCGGCAGAGAAGGACGUUCUGUCGUAUUGUCUGUAGACUUGUGUAAUAAACCAAACUUCUAUAUACACAG